CCGCACUACGAUCGCCGGAUGAUCACCGGCGGGCAACGUUUUCCGACCGUCAGUCGUUACCGGGCGUUUGUGGUCGACGGUUGCACACACUAGCUGGAGACGGUUCCGUUUCGUAAUUGGCUUUCUGUCCGCCUGCAGGCACACACGAUCACCCGGUGUCCCUCUCGGCGGGGAUACAACAAUUGGAUAAAGUGCGUAGGGAAAAGCAUCCGUGCCAGUGUCAGAAGCAGCUGUCAAAGAUCGAGCCUCCGACUGGAACGAUGGUGCACCGGCAGCUAAAGCGGCAGCACUCGGGCCUGCCGCAGAUGGAGUCGCUGUCGCGCUUCAGCAGCAUCCCGGUGGUGGAAACCGGCAUCAAAACGGCCGGCAGUGUGUACGAGCGGGUGAAAACAAGCAACGGCCUGCUGACGUGGGGCUUCGAGACGGCCGAAUCGCUCACGUACGCACUGAUCGACUCGCUGCGCCCGGCCACCAAGAUGAUCCAGGGGCCGCUGCACCAGCUGGACAGCAUCAUGUGCAAAAGUCUCGAUCUGGUCGAGCAGAAGGUACCCUCGAUGUAUCUUCCGCCCGAGAUGGUACGGUUUAUGAUGUUUUGGAACACGAAGGAAUACAUGUCCGACCAUUUGAUGAAGCCGGUUCUGUCGCGGGCCAAUUCGAUGAAAAAUUUGGGCCACGCCGUGCUGGAAUCGCGCGUCUCCAACUAUGCCGCUGGCCGGAUCGACGGGGCACUCGUUGUUUGUGACAAAUACGUUGAGCGGUAUCUUCCGACGGAGCCGCAGGAUCAGCCAGACUAUUAUCAGCCGGUAUCGCUGAGGCGGGCACGUUCCUGGCAGCAGCGCGGCUAUCAUGCGAUUCCAUUGACCUGCAUGAUCCCAAGCGAACGGAUGAUAGGACUGCACGCCACCAGCCAUUGCAUGCUGAUUGUGUGCCCAAGCAUGCAUGAUCGGAUGGGCCCUGGCCAACAGUACCCUGUGCGUAUUGCGUGCGGCGCAGCUCCACCGGCAGACGACUCGAACGAGAUGCACGUCGUGAAAACGUUCCACCGUGGCCAGCAGCUGUCCCGCAAGCUGAAGCGCCGGCUCACCUUCCGCACCCGCCAGGAGCUGAGCGCGCUGAAGAAGCAAAGUACCGAGGCGGUCCACGUGGUGGCGUACGCGGCCGAACUGAUCGCGACAAACCCACGGGAGGCGUUGCAGAAAGCCGUCGAGCUGUGGCGCUACCUCAGCAAGGAUGAGCCCGAAAACCAGGCCCGGCCCCGCACGCUCGAGCAGGUGGCCGUACUGUUGACGCGCGAGUCCGCCCGCAAGAUGGUGCACCUGAUCAACUUUGUCACCGGUGCGGUCACGCGCGUCCCGAAAGCCGUCCGCGCCCAGACGCGCGAGCUGGUGCAUCACUUCCUGUUCGCAACCGAGCGGCUGAUGAAGACAGUCCAUCUGGAGAAGGCAAAGGCGGCGACACUGUCCGAGGCUAGUGGGCUCGUGCACCGCAUUCAGCACACCUACGACGAUCUGCAGAACCAAACCAACCUGGCACUGCAUGGUCAGUUGUCGCUGGCCAACAUUGAUCGGCACGAUUUUAUCCAUUGGCUUUUGUUGAAAGUGGAACGCUUGGCAGUCUUUCUUUCCGGGCGCUUGGAGGCGGAAAAGAUCACCACCAGUGGAAACCCUCGCCGACGCAUACAGCCCCGAACGAACAGCAAUCCGAUGAAUUCGAACAUUAACGGCGUGUACUAAUUUAUGUGUGUGUAUGUGUGAGUGUGUAUUUGUGUAUGUGUAUAUUUGUCUAUGUGGCAACAUAAGUCUGACAAGACUGUGUACUACCAAAACAAUCCCCCUUUCUCUUGUGUACCUCGAUCCAAAUGGGAAAGUCAGGGUUGCUCUUUUUCCAAUUAGAUUCUAAGUGGAUCGUUAAUAUGUAAUAAUCGUUGUUGUUAUAAAAAAAAGAAUAAAUACAAAGCAUGAAAGUUUCAAUCUACAAAACACAAAUGAAAAAAA